AUGACUGUUACAGGAAUGAGAAAACUGUCACGUACAAAACCUCAUCGGACAAUGCUGAUGAGAAACAUGGUUUCUCAGCUAUUACAGUAUGGUCAUAUCGUUUCUACACUAGCUAAAUGUAAAGAAACACAAAAAGUGGCAGAGCGUCUGUUAACGCAAGUAGGGAAAGCCAAAAAUGAAAAAUUAACUGAAUUUCAAAGGGAUCUAGCUGCUCGUCAAGUGCAAUCAAGAUUGGUACCACCUGCCAACUCAAUUUGGCCAAAGAUUUUAAAUCCUCAAUUACUUGCUACUUCGACAGGUGGUAAUACAAGGUUAACCCAUUUGGAACCAAGGUUGGGUGAUAGAGCUCCACAGGCUGUGCUGGAGAUAAUUAGGGGACAUAUACCAACCACUGAAAGAGGCAGUCUACGUCUCUGGCUUGCUAUUCAAGCUACUUUGUCAGAAAAGUGUAGUUCAGUUGAAGAUGUCUCAGAUUAUAAUUUAAAAAUAUUUAAACAAGAGCUUUCCUUGGAGAAUAGGACCCAAGAACAACUGGAAUCCAUCAUUUUGAAAGCAAGAGAAGAAAUUAGAAGUUUACGUUGGAAUAAUAUGGUAAAAGAACUUAGACUUAAAACACAAGAUGAAGUGGAUGAUACACCCCCCACACAAGAUCUUGAAAAGGAAAAAAAAUUUGUUACGGAUUUACUUGAAAGAGCUAAGUCCUUUGAUCUCUUAAAUAUUAAAUUCUCACCAAAUAAAAGUAGAGUUGAAAAAAGAAAGCAACGCUAUGAAUUUGUAGAAAGGCCUACUGCAAGUACUACUAUAUCUAAAGAAACUCACUCUAGAGCAUAG